GCCAUUUUGUAAAAAAAAAAAAAGAUGACUCGUUAACAUUAAAAAUGAUAAUCGGUAAUAUAUUCUUGACGGAAGUUUGUCAUGAGGUCAGAUGUUUCAACGAGCUGAUCAAUUAUGCAUUGUAUGAUUUUACAUUAUGAGGCCUUUGGUUUAUUUGAGUACACAUACGAACGAACGAAGUUCAUGGAUAUAUGAAGCCGGAUUAAAGAAAGACUACCUGAUCCAGGACAACCGAAAAGAGAACGAGGACGGAAGAGUGGAGGCGCGCGCAGCUUCUUUCACCUCACACACCGGCACAUCCUCGUUUCAUUCCUGAGGGCUUACUAAGCGACCUAAGACGAUCACUGGCUGUUACUCGGUUCGGAUGCUUGACCACUCCGUGUUCUUUUCACAGUGCACGUAUCUGCUGAUACGUUUCGCAUCGUCGAGCGCGAGUUCACUUCGUCGCUAUCGUUCUUUCCGCUUGAAGUUGCGGAAAAGUGCCCUUUAAAAGAGCUCCAGUUAGUUAACAAAAUUUUUUUGACUCGAGAAAAAUUGUCUGUAUUAAUCUAUCGGCGUGCCGCUAUUUUUUGAAAGAUCAAGAUCUUCAUGAAGUGUUGAAGAACGAUACUCUUCGAAGAAUUUGCCUCCGGCUUUCAAGAUAUUUUAUCUACUUGGUCGAAUCGUAUGCUGAAUUACGAAAAAAAAGUUCAAUGCCCGUGGUGGACAAAGGAAAACGAUGACAGGAUGUCGAAUGUGGAGGAUAAUUUUCGUCGUUAUCUUUACGUGGAAAACGAUCGCAAACGCAAACAAUGCGAACGUCGUGCAAACUAUUGUAAAUGAAGAUGACAGGAAAUCGUUCGAGCCGAAUAAAUACAUUUAUUCGUGGACAGGGCCAAACGCUUUGGCCAGAUCGGCCUUGGUGGAGCGACAGGAAAGACUUCAGUAUAACUGUGAGCUUGAGAGUAACAAGGCCGAUAAUGAUGAGUUAAAUCCAGAAUCGUUCCGAAAUAUCCUUGUGGACGAAUUGCAUGAAUUGCUCUAUUGCUAUGUUCCAAAGGUAGCUUGCACAAAUUGGAAGCGUGUACUAAUGAUCGCGACCGGAAAAUGGCCCGGUAAUGAUCCUUUAAAAAUACCGGCUGAUGAGGCUCAUUCCCCGGGUACUUUUCAACGAUUGAACAAUUACACCUUGCCCGAGAUAGAGAAGAAAUUGGCGACGUAUGACAAGCUGAUUGUCGUGCGACAUCCUCUGGAAAGGCUUCUAUCGGCUUAUCGAAAUAAAUUCGAGACUAAACACGAGAAAAGUGCGAAAUAUUUCCAGAGCCGUUUCGGCAAGAAAAUUGUCAAAAAAUACAGGUCGAACGCCACCGAAGAGUCUUUAAAGAAUGGCGAUGAUGUGACGUUUCGCGAGUUUGUCGAUUUUGUCACCGAUGAUUCUGAGAAUGGAACUCGAAAUGAACAUUGGAGAUCGAUAUACGAGUUGUGCCAACCGUGUAUAGUUAAUUACAAUCUCAUAAGUAAAUACGAGAGUUUGGUCGAAGAUGCGACAGAAGUUCUCGAACGGAUAGGAGUCACGUCUAUAAAUUUUCCAGCUAAACCAUCAAGCAGCGAACCGACAUCGAGCAAAUUAGAUAGAUAUUACUCUACUUUAAGCUACAAGCAACUUCGUAAACUAGCAGAUCUGUACAAAUUAGACUUAAAGUUGUUCGACUACUCGUUGGAGGAUGUACUGGGAUUUUCUUUGGCUUAAAUCGCUCGUUAAUAUUAACAGAGACAUGUACGUGAUAUACAAGUACUGUCAAAUCACUAAUAGUAGUUUCUCUUGCGUGUUUAAAAUUUACAUAAUGUAAACACGCAAUUUCAUGCAUUAGGAUAAAUAAUUACUGCAUAUUAUAAAUGUAUAUUAUAUAUAUGUAUGGAUGUCCUCUCUAAAAUCGUAGAUUUCGAUUUUCAUGACAAAGCUUUGAGCGGAUCUUUGGUAAGCUAGAGACUUCUUUUUUACAUAAAAGAAAUAUUGCGCUACCUCAUAUUAUAACAUAUUCUAGAAUUCUUUCUUAAAUCAAUGAUUUAAGAAAAUCAUAUAUAAAUUUUGCCUAUGUGUAUAUAUUUUAUUUUUACACUUUAAAACGUAUUGUAAAAGCAAUUUAGCAUUAUCAAUAUGAGCAAGUAAUCAAAAUUAAGAUUUAUAUAUGUGUAACAGAUAUCUGAAAUAUAUAAAGAUAUACAAAGCUGUGUUAGAUAAGUAAUUGAAUAUGUAGAAACUGUUUCACAUAAGUUAUGAAAUAUGCGCAGUCUCGUGCCAAAAGAAAAUUUGAGAAUAAUUAGAUUAAA